AGAGUACUUGCUCUCCACCGGAAGAGACAGGGCUCUGUGUCUCAUCUGUUAAUACUCUGGCCCCUGUAGUCAGUCUGAGCAAUCAUGGUACAAUCAAGGAAGUUCAGAGGAGUAAGGCAGCGGCAUUGGGGAUCGUGGGUUUCAGAGAUUCGUCACCCACUCCUGUACACACAUAUAUAUACGCAUGCCUGCACCCAUUUACUUCAUUCCUACUUCUUGUUUCCUUUUUCUUCUUUUCUGCAAUUCUUCUCAUGGAUCCUACUUCAUAUUUGCCUUUUUAUCGUCAAAUUCUUUCGUUCUUCUUUCACCUUGGGUUUGCAGAAACUGGUACCGUGAAGAGGAGGAUUUGGCUCGGCACCUUCGAAACAGCAGAGGAGGCGGCGCGGGCUUACGAUGAGGCAGCUGUGCUUAUGAGUGGACGAAACGCAAAGACGAAUUUUCCUGUGGAGAGCAUUCUGUCGCCCGACCCCGGAAAGAGCUCAUCGUCAUCAUCAUUGUCACCGUCGUCAUCGUUGGCUUCUGGAGGAGGAAUGUCUGCAAUUCUUAGCGCCAAACUCCGUCGGAGUUGCCGGUCCCCAUCCCCUUCACUGACAUGCCUGAGACUUGACACAGAGAAUUCAAACAUUGGGAUAUGGCAGAAACGUGCAGGCGCAAGGUCUGACUCCAACUGGGUCAUGACGGUGGAGCUCGGAAAACAUGACCACCAUCAAUCUCUGUCAAAGCCACCACAGCCGCAGCAACCACCAGCUUCAAUGGCCUCUUUCAGUGGAGUGGACGACGAAGAACAGGUAGCUCUGCAAAUGAUAGAGGAACUAUUGAUUGGAAAUUAGACAUGGCGGCAUUCUAUUCUAUUCCCUCCUUUGCCCUGCAUUUUGUGACCUUGAUCCACGCUACCAAGGAAGCAAUAAUGAUGCGGGUAAAAAUAUAGUGUUGUUUUUAGUUCUAUAAGUGUGUAGAGACAUGUAUUAUGCAAAGCUAGUUAGUCACGUAUCAAAUGAGUUCUCUUAGGUCUGUUAUAUAACGGUGUAUAUUAUUUUCAGGGCAGUUUAUAAUCAUGUACAUGUGUAUUUGGCAGAUGACUAUUGAGUGAAAGAAAUAUUCUAAGAA